AUGUGGGGACCACGUGGAUAUCCACUGGUUUUGCCAACACUGCGACGCUUAUUACUUGUCUGCACCCCUCUAGUGGUGCUGGUUUGCUACGCGUCGCUCCAAGCUUCUCCAUGAACUCUUUCUUCUCUACUGUUCGUAUCAACGGCGCUCGCUGACCUCGCCGACGAUAUACGACGACUCUUCGCUUCUCGACCAGCUCGAUUCGGCGGUGCCAGCGCCAUUGGCCAAGUUCAAUGCUUUGCCGAGGCUUCCGCCAGAUGGGCUACACCUGAGUGGUGGUGGGCAAUCCAGCCAGCGACGUUCACUUCGGAAGUUAGGCUUGACACGAUCUCCAGACCGAGUUUGAUGUCGGACAAGUGACGGCGCUCAAGGAACACCCGGAAGCUUUGUCUGCUCGUCAAGCCACUUCACAGUCCCGGGAAUCCCGCAGCUCGUGCGCCAAUUUAUUCCGAAGAAACGAGUCCCACUUCAAGCAAGCGUAUAACUAUCAACCACACGGCAACGAGUGUAGAGUCUGGGGUUCUCUUCAGGUGAAACGGGUUACAGCCAAUCUUCACCUCAAUCUCUCGGCCAUGGUUAUGCGAGCAAUGAACAUGUAUACCAUAACCAUGAACCUCUUGGACGUCAUCACAGCCUUGUCAUUCGGGUGCCAUUUCCCCGACAUCACCCAACCAUCGGACAACUCUUUCGAAUCCACAGACAAACGUUUCGUGGCAUAUCAGUACUUCUUACACGUCGUCCUGACAUGACAACCUACAUCCCCCCUUGU